AUGGACUUCUUCAAGCACCCGAAGAAGAGUGUCGACACGCACACGCAAGAUGACAAGAGCCUCGGCCACAUGUCGUCUAACCAGGCCGAAGCAGAAGUAGGCCAGGCUACAGUCGCCGUUGCGCCAGAAGCAGCACUCUCGUUUGGAAACAUUCUCAAAGGCCAGUCCGCACACUCUCUCACGCCAUUCGAGAAGAAGGCCGCUCUUAUCAAUGCCGAGCUCGACAAGUUCGGCAUGGGCAGGUACCAAUGGUGCAUCUGGUUCCUGUGCGGCUUUGGCUACUUCUUGGAUCUGGCUUGGUCGCAAGGCGUGGGUCUGAUUGCUUCGGCCAUUUAUCAGGAGAUGGGCGUGUCUGAUCCCAGGAAAGGCGACAUUUUUGCCUGUGCCAACGCUGGUCUGGCCAUUGGUGCUUUCACGUUCGGUAUUCUGGUCGAUGUGAUUGGCCGUCGUUGGGCCUUCAAUCUCACCUGUCUGAUCACUUCAAUCUUUGGUCUGAUCUUGGCUGCUCCCAAGAACAACUACGGUGCCAUUUGCGCCAUCUACUUCCUUGCCUCGCUAGGUCUCGGCGGCAACAUCCCCAUUGACGCAACCAUCGCCCUCGAGUUUCUUCCCCAGAAACGUCGCUUCCUUGUCGCUCUUCUCUCACUGUGGCAGCCCAUUGGUGUCGUCGUUGCCUCGGCCAUCACAUAUGGAACUGCCGCAAGACCAAAGUGGCGUUGUGAUGCAAACCUCCCCGCCUGUAGCACUGGUGAAAGACCCUGUUGCACCGCCGACAGCAACAUGGGCUGGAGAUACACGCUCAUUAUUCUCGGAGGCACCACCUUGGUCGUCUUCUUCUUGCGUUACUUCGUCUUCACUUUCCAGGAGUCUCCCAAGUUCCUCGUCAGUAGGGGAAGAGAGGAAGAGGCCAUUGAGGUCCUGCACAAGAUUGCCAAGUUCAACAGGGCUCCCCCUCCCGUUCUGACCGUAGCCCAUCUUGCUGCUGUUGACGAAGCCUCAUCCUUGUCUACUGAUGAGCUCGAAGUCUCUGGUCAACCUCUCAGCACCAUCGACACCCUCAAGCGCGUCCUUCGCAACACUGCCAACAGCUUCAAACACCUCAAGGCUCUUUUCACCAACAAGCUACAGGUUUUCAUCUUUGUUCUCUUGGCCAUCGCCUACAUGGGUGAUUACUGGUCUUUCAAUCUUGCCAGUCAAUUCUUGCCCUUGAUUCUCCUCCGAAACGAAGUCACCGCAUCUGGCUCGGUCACAGAAACUUAUUUGCACUACAUCUACAUCUACACCCCUGGCAUCCUCGGCGCCGUCAUUGCUAUGGCGUCCGUGCAGUUGCCUCUUGUGGGCAGAAAAUGGUCCCUGGUCUUCUCUGCUCUCUGUCAGGGUAUCGCCAUGGCCAUGUACACUCAAGUCAACAACACAGCUGCUUAUGUCGGCCUCAAUGCUUUCGAGUAUAUCAUGCAGACUUACUUCAACGCCGUCCUCUACGCUUCUGCUCCUGAGCUGUUCGAUACUGCCUACCGUGGCAGCGCCAGCGGUAUGCUGUCUUGUUUGGGCCGCAUUGCUGGUAUUGUUGCUCCUUUCGCUGGAGCAAAUCUACUCGCUGCAAACAGCUCCGGUAUUCUCUGGCUUGGCGCUGGCGGUAUCUGGCUCUCUGCAAUCACCAUGGUCUUCCUGCCUGUCGAGAUGAGGGAUCGCCAGAUGUUCUAG